AUGACAACCGAACAAAAAUUCGACUGCGUGUUCUGUAAAGAAAAUUUUGACGAUAAGGAAGCUUUACAAAUUCAUUUUAGAAAACACGGUGAUCCUAAUUUUAAUCCAUCGACAAAAAAUGUUACAAAUGAGAAGUCGACAGAUGAAGACGAAACAGUUGGUUGUGAUGUUUGUGAUGAAGUGUUUCCUACAAUCCCGAAAGCUAUAACACACAAGCACAAAACUCAUCCAUAUCAUGAUGCUAAGUAUUUCUGUCCUUUUUGUGGAAAGAUGUUCACAAUGAAGCAUCUUUAUAACAAACAUAUACAGUCAAAUCAUGAAUUUGAUGAAGCCUCUGAUACGAAGGAUUUCCAUUGUGAUUUUUGUAAAGUAGCUUUUUAUGUGCCAUCUGCUAUGAUGUAUCAUAAUAAGUUUUUUCAUCGUCAAGACACUGAAUUACCAGCCAUGGGACAGUCAAAAAAAGUGAAAAUCUAUAAUCAGGAAAUGUUUCAGAUUUAUUAUUGCUCUUUUUGUGGAGAAGAAUAUAAUAAUAAAGUGAAUUUACAUAAACACAUAAGUGAUGAUCAUGGGGAUGAGAAUCAUUGUCCAAUUGAGAUAUUGAGAUGUCCUCUAUGUGAAGCCAUUUUCUUCCACUUAGAUGCUUAUGAAGUUCAUCUUAUGUUCCACUCUACAGAAGAUUUAUACAGUGAGAAAAAUGAAAUAGCUGAAAAAGUGAACGAGUUUUCACUUGAAACAGUAGCACCAAUUACAGAGAAAGUUGAAGAAGAUGUCCCGGAUCAUCCUAUAGAUGGCAUUGAUAAUUUUCUUCAAUUAGUCAUGAGUGAAUCUGCAGAUAAUGCUCCUGAAAAAGUUAAAUCCAAGAAGCACAAAAAACAUAAGAAAUCAAAAAAGGCAGCAAUAACACUUGAUGAAUUUUUGAAUAUGAAUAAAGAUGUUUUUGGAGAUGGCCUUGAUGUUCAGGGAAUAGAAGAAGUUCCAACGCAAGUCGUUUUAAAAAAAGCUAAAGGUAAAAAGUUGUCUAUAAAAGGUCAAUCUAAAAUUGUAAAUGCAGAUUUAGCAAAGUUACAAAAACAUGGCAUAACAGUUAAAACAAAAUCUGGAGCCAGACCAGGGGUUGCUAAUGUUAAAAAUAAUACAGAAAAUGUUCAAGUUAACAAAACUAAUGUCACAAAUUGUCCCAAUGAAAUAUUAUCUAAGUUACUAAAUGAAGGAAAUAGCCAAAUAAAAAUUGUUAAAAAAUCUAUAUCGCAAAAUGAUCCCAAAAAUGAUGAUCAUGACACAUCCAAUAAUAAUACUGAUACUAUUGAUAGAUUAAGUAAAGAUAAUAAAGGAGAAAAUACUCUAAGUGACAAGGAAGAUGUUCAAAAUCCCGUAAAGGAAAAUUUGUACAACAUUAGUAGUGAUACAGCAAAUAACAUACAAGCAGAUAGUGAAAUUAUUAAUAAAGCUUCAACUUUUUUCAAAAGCGUUAAUAAUGAGAUUUCUGUUGAGAAUAAUACACAAAGCACAGAUAAUGAUAAUACUAAUUCUGAAAAAGCCAGACCUUUCAUUGCUCUACCUGACCGCAAAACGUCAACACCGACGGAUGAGAAUAGUACAAAGAAAUCAGAUACAUUCUUACCCAGUUCAAGUACAGUUAUAUCCGGUAAAAGUGUAAAUGAAACGAAGCGCAAUGUACUAGUUGACUAUCAAAUAGCAGAUAACGAUGAAACACCUCAGCCUGAUAUGGAUACUGAAGACCAUACUAAAAACCUGAAUGAAAAUGAUGCUGAUAAUAAUAUUGCCAACAAAACGUUAAAUGCUCUUAAACAUUUAAGUCAUCUUAUAACAGUAAAGCCUUUAAAUCAACCCAAAAGUCCAACAUUAGGUGGUAUAAAUAGUGACAAAGUUAAUAACGAAAAUGAAUCUAGAGAAAGAGUUAAAGAAGAUAUUCAUAAUGCAUCUAUAUCUCAACACCUUUCUUCUAAUGAACAAAAAUUAUGCAAAAAUGUUAAAAUGAUAAAUAAUCAAAUAACAAUAAAACCUUCAAAAACAUCUUCAGAACAUACACAAUCUGACUUUGAUAGUGAUGGUGAAUUUAAUGAUUACGAUGAAUGUAAUCUUAGUGCAGAAUUUGAAGAGCUGGACGAAAUAAAUAGUCCCAAUAAUAAUGUUAAAAGGGUCAAAUUAAAAAUUAAAAACUUGCCCAUUAGUCAAAGUAAACAAAUAAUAAAAAAUGACUGUAAUGAAAUUGUAAAUAAUGAAACAGAGCAUGAGGACGAAUUCCAAAGUGAGGAAAAUACCAACAAAGGAGCAUCAUCAUCUUCUAAUAUUGAUAUUUUAAAGCGUCUUACGAAUGUCACAGCUAAAUCUAUUCCUUCCGUUAAAAACAUUAAUAAACCAACUAACAUUAAAAUUGCUAGACCUAUCAUUAAUCAAGUAAAAGAAACAUUGCCAAAAAAUGUAUAUAAAACUCAUACAGAAGUAGAAAUUUAUAAUAUUGAUGAUUCUGAUAGUGAUGGAGAUCAUAAAUUAGAAAUUAAGCAAUCUAAUCAGACUAUAGAAGCAUUGCGUAGUUUAGGUAAAAAUAUUACAAUUAAAUCCAAUCAGCAGAAUAUAAAAGAAGAAGUAAAAGAUAAAAAAAUCAUAAAUAAAAGUACAAGAUCAGAUAAUAUGAGCAAUGGAAGCCAUUUUAAAUUUAGCAAACAUUCACCAGACAUUCAGAAAAGUAUAAAUCUUCAAAAUAAACUAAAAAGCUUAGGCGGCAAUAUUACUGUAAAAUCAAGGAAUUCCCCAAAUCUAACAAAUAAGGAACAGUUUAACUUUGAUGAGUUUGAUGAUGAAGAUGAAGCGAUUGAUAGUGAGCCAGAAUCAAAUGUAGCUAAAAUAAAAAUUACUGAAGUAACUGAAGAUGAUGUCAGCGAUAAUGAGUGCCCGGACAGUAGAACAGACGCGAUAGUUGAAUCCCCUCACGCAUCUAAUAGUGAAAAUGAGGACAAUCAUAAUGACACUGACGAAGAAUUUGCCGAUUUAGAAAAUGAGAUAAAAAAAUCGAUAUUGAAAAAACAGGAGGAACCUACAACUUCGAAAAAACCUCCAUGUUUAGAAAACUUUAAGCAUUUAAAUAAUUUAACAAUAAAGUCAUUAAAAACAAAGAAAAAUGACUCUACAGAAGAAUCAAAUGUUCCAUUACAAAAGGAAGCAUCUGAAGACACCCAUAACUUUAAUAAACAAAUUGCUAUUAAACAGUUAAAGAAUAAUAUACCACAGAAUGGGCAAGCUAUAAAUAAAACUAACCAAAGCAGUACUUCAAUUAAUCAAACAGUUAAUAAAAAUGUUAGCUCUUCUUUGAAUCAAGUAAAUACUGUGAAAACUGUAAAAAAGUUUCAGUCUCAAACUGUUAUAGAAGAGAUUACGACAACUGUUACCAAAACUAUACGAACAAUGAACCAGUCCAGUAACGAAGUGGUGCAAAGUAAUGUUCGACCUGGCCCUAGAUCAAUGAUAAGGCCACAAAAAAUGUUCAAUAGACCACAAGGACCUAUCAGGCACACGUCACCCACUGUUGGGACUAGAAUAAGGAACGCAACUCCUAUUAGACACGCUACUCCCUCUACAGUUAAACCUACAAACCAACUGGUCCCUGUACGCGCAGUUUUAAAUAUUCAAAAAGGUCCAGUUUUCAAUACCGGAGUGCGUAAAAUUGCACCUCCUAAAAGUAGUCCCCAGAAACCUGUAGUAGGAAAAUUAAAAAUGUCUCCUCACGCGUUAAAUCAAGCAACUAAGAGGCCUAUGGACGAAGCAUCUGGACAUUUUAGCUGUUUCAAGAAACCAAAAGAAUCUCCAAUGACUUCAAUGGAUAUGGCAGACUCUUUCGAUGAUACAGUACAGUAUGCGUCGGCCACUCACAGUCAAUCCAAUUUUUCCAGUGUAACUAAAACUGUGAAAGGUAAAGGUAUGGUGACGGCGACACAAGUACGCUCGGAAGUUAGCACAAGCUCACAGCAACAGCUCAGUAAGUUAAGUAAUAUGUCAGGACUUAAAAUUGCAAAAAUGAGUUCAAAACAAACUAUGCAAGUUGAAGAGAAAAAUAUUAGUACAGCAACAAAGAACACUCUAGAUGCUCUUGAAAAAUUACAGAAACAGGGACUAUUAGUAAAAAAACCACGAAUCGACGAAUAUAAUGACAAAUCUCAAAGUGAAAGUGACGAUGAUCCAAGU